CGUACUGCAGGUCGAUAUCGUAUCAAUUGAUUAAGUCUUCUACGAUGCAGGUGCUCUGUGGGUUUCUGGUGACCAUUGCAAUUUUAAUUUCCCUCGCUCACGCCCAAACCAGUUGCCUCCAGUGUUCAACGGAUGAUCCAGGCUGCGACCAGGGAACAUUCCCUCCAACCGAAUGUGCCCAGCAGGACGACAGCUGCUACUCGCUUACCGUUUCCGGGGGAUUCAUCCUGGAAAGAGGUUGCCUGAGUACGCUUCCGGACGAGGAACAAGCAAAGUGUACCGAUCCAAAUGAUCAAUCUUGUACGAUCUGCUCCCUGUCCGGUGGUUGCAACAAGGAGCAAUGGCACAAGUGUCACCAUUGUUCCAAAUCCAGCAAUAGCAAGUGCGCGUUCCAGCCGAACAGGGUUUCGUUUUGCCGGAAUUAUACGGUGGAAGAUCGAUGCUACGCUAUGGUCGUUGGAGAUGAAUUGAUUCGUGGCUGCCAAUCGGACCUAGAGCCAGGCCGGGAUGCGUGUGAAGGGAACAAGUACUGUAUCACAUGUGAGGGCGAUUCCUGCAACGAUGCCACCCAGGUUGAAUUGAAAACAGUUAGCAGAUGCGUCCAAUGUAAGGAGGGGGACUUCCGAUGUGUUGAAGGAACAACCACCAAUAGUGAGUGCGAUGAGCGGGAGGAUAGAUGCUACAUUAAAAUGUGGCGAAACGGGGAACUGGACCGGGGCUGUGUCAAAAAGCUUCACCAAGAUGAACAAGACCGGUGCAACGAUGAGUCGGAUAGGUCCUGCUACAGCUGUAGUGGCCGGCAGUGUAACAACCAUCGAUGGUUGAGAUGCUUCCAUUGCAGCCCAGGCCAGAACGCCACGUGUGCUGAAGAGCAGACAAAUGCAACCCUUUCGUACUACUGCGGAAGAUUUGACCUCAACGAUCGGUGCUACUCGGUGUUGGUCGAUUUUGAAGUAACCCGAGGCUGCACUUCGGAUCUCGGAGUCAACGUCGAUCCUUGUGAAGGAAACGCUGCUUGUGUGUCUUGUUCGACGGAUGGCUGCAAUUCGAUCUCCGAGGCGUACAUCAAGGAUGCCGCAAAUCGUGGACAGCGCGCUUCGUCAUACCCGACAAAUUGAGCUGAAUUCAGCUGGUUGGCCCUUUUGCAAGAUAAGACUGACGUACGGCAAACAAAAAGCUUCUAAACUUUUUUAUAAGCACUGUAGCUAUCAACCUGUAAAAAGAUACUUUAGCGGACUUAUGGAUUACUAAAGUUAAUACUUCAUUCCAAUUUCAGAUUAUAAAAUUGCUGCGACAGCUUUGUCGAAUCCCUACCAACCAUUCGUGAAACUUCUUAAGAAAUCUUUAUUCAAAAAUAAAUACUUUUGUCGUUAAUUCUUUACUUUUAAGCUCCUUUGAAUUCGAUGAAUUUAUUUAAAAAUCUUCAAUCGAUACAUACA